ACCUGCAGUCUGCGGGCAGCGGCUGUGAUCGGAGGACUCUUUGCCACGCAGGUGCUGCAGUGAUGGGGCGGCUGCUGACGGUGGCGGUGGCGGUGGCUGUGUUGGUGGUGUGCGGUGGGGGGUUGGCUGCAGCCUCUGGCGGGUGCGAGACGUCGCAGGCCCUGCUGACGCUGCCGGGCCGCGCCUACGUCGCAGGGAUCUUCGACAUACACGAAGGCGAGAACUGCUCUGUAGAGAUUUCUUCCGGCAGACAGAAGAUGGCAGCAGCUGCCUGGGUCGUCAGCGCCCUCAACUGGCAGCUAACAGAACCCGACGUGCAGCUCGGUUUACGAGUCUAUGACGCUUGUAGUUCAGAGCUCAGCUCCCAGAUGGCAUUCAUGGCUGCAGCAGUGGACGCCGACUGUAAGGAGACAUACUCUUUGGGCGUCGUGACGUCGUCGGCGGUGUGGUCGCGGCUGGAGGAGCUGCGGUCGGCGCUGCCGCUGUCGCUGUCUGCGCGCCCGGCGGACGUGGAGGGCCGCGCGCUGCCGCUGCUGCUGGAGACGGCGGCCGGGCUGCUGCGCGCCGCGGGCUCCAGGGGCGCCGCCUGCCUGCUCGCCUCCAGCCGACACCUGCUCACCGACUUCCAGCGCCGCGCCGCGCGACAGGGGCUCUGUCUGCCGGCACCCGACGCCACGCUGCUGCUCACCGACCUCCCCACGGGCUGGUCGCCGCCGGUUAACGGGACGUGCGUGGUGCUGGGCCCGUGGGCGCAGGUGUCGGCGGCGGCAUCAGCGCUGGGCAACGGCUCUGCCGCCGGCUGGCUGCUGGUGGCCACGGACGGCGUGCCGGAGGCGGCGGCGGCGCCGCGCGCCCUGCCGGAGGGCGCGCUGCUCGUCGACCCGCGCCUCAGCCUCAGCCUGGCGGCGCCGGCUGCCAACGCCAGCGCCAGCGCCAGCGUCAGCUACGCAGCCUUCCUCGACGUCGCCGCCGCCGUCGCCAGCGCCGCCGCGCGCUACCACGCCGCCCUGCGCGACCGCUGCGGCUUCGCCCCGGAGGACUACGUCCAGUGCCUCGCCCUCUUACAGCCUAUACAGGAGCUGGAGGCGACGUCCGGGGAGGACGGAGGCGCGACGCUGCGCGGCCUGCUUGAGGCGGCGGGGGCGGCGUGGCUCAGCCCGGCCGCCAGCCGGGUGACGUCAGACGAGGAGGCGGGCCGCCGCCUGGCGCCUGUGGCCGCUUACAGCAGCGUCGACGGCGAGGGCGACGUGCAGCUGGUGAUCACCGCGGACGUCUCGCUGCCCCCGGAAGGUAACGACACGUGCUACACAUUCGAGGAGGAGGCGGCGGCACCCGCCGAGCCGGCAGAGGCGGCGUGGCCGCGGUGGGAGGUGGAGUUCCGGCCGGAGCCGUGGGCGGCGGCGGUGGCGGCGGUGGUGUCGCUGGGGCUGGCGGUGUGCGUGGCGGUGGGCGCGCACCUGGCGUGGCGCGUCGCGGCCGGCGACGUGCUGGAGGGCCGGCCGGCGCUCACGCUGCUGCUGCUGCUGGCCACGGCCGGCGCGCUCGCCACGGCCGCCGCCUUCCUGGUGCGCGCGCGCGCCCCGCCGCUGCAGGCGCUGCUGUGCGCCGCCAGGGCCUCCGCCACCGCCCUCUCCUACGCGCUGCUCUUCUCCCUCAUGCUGGCGCGCGCCCUCAUGCUCGCCGCCUGCGACGCUGACGGCGCCGUCGCCAGCAGUUUCCUCAGCCACGUCAACGGCUACCUCCAGAGCUCGCUGUGCUUCCUGAUGGCGCUGACGCCGUCGACGCUGGUGCUGCAGUUCUGGCUGGAGUGGCCGUCGGGCGCGGGGCAGCGCGAGGCGUGCCGCGGCGGCGGCGUGGCGCUGUCGCUGCAGCUGGGCUGCGACGCGCUGCUGCUGCUGCUGCUGGUGUCGGUGUCGCCGCUGGCGGCGCGCUCGCGCCGCAACUACCGCGAGGGCGCCUGCUUCCUAGCGGCCGCGCUGCUCAGCGCCGCCGUCUGGGCCGGCUGGCUGGCCGCCUUCCUGCUGGCCGGCGACGAGUGGCGCGACGCGGCGCUCGCUUCGGGGCUGGCCGCCACGGCCUGCUGCGUCGUCGUCGCCGUCUUCGUGCCGCGCACCUACCUCAUGCUGUCGUCGGCGGUGCGCUCGCACCUGGCCAGCGCGCUGCCCGGCUCGCUCGCCGCUUCCGCGUGCGCGCUCAACUCGGCGGCGGCGCUGGGCGGCGUCGCGGGCUCCCAGCAGGGGCUGUACGCCUCCGUCAACGCCGACCUGGCGGGUCCCGGCGCCGGCGCCGCCGCCGGAAACUUCUACUCGCCCGACGCCGGGCUGCCGUCCGGCGGGUCGCCGCGCGUCCACAGCAAGCUGUCGCACUUCUGACACGAGGAGUCGGCGGCCGGAGACUUUGAAGCCUCCGACCGCCACUGGGGACGGGACCGCACCGCGUCCUCCUCCACCGCCGGCAGCUCGGCAGACAGCGACACGCGCGUUGCCGACGACAAGUUCUCCGUCGUCUGCAGUCACCCCAGGGCCAACGACCCCACCACCGAUCUCUGACUGCGGCGACUCUCAGUAGACCGGCUCUCCUGCUAUCCCAGCCACUGGUCAAAACCCCCUAACGUCUGCUGACGUGACGCUCGUAUGCGAGAUGCAGAGUCUCGAUACGUUCCGGCAUCCCUCUACAGCAGACAUAUUUAUGGAAACGAAAUUUGACGUCGUCAAAUUGGUGCAUGCCACCCGGUUUUUAGAAAUGCUGUUUUGUUCACAGAUGCCUUUAUCGCGUUCGGUGUAUUCAUCACAAUUAACCAAUUUCGCGUCUAACGAGUCAUCUCAGGAUCAGAAUCUCGUUAAUAAAGUAACAUAUCAAGUAAUCACCUAGCGCACAUCUCUUUUAUUUAAAGUCAAAUGACCACUUUGAGCGCUAGAUGACAACAUCACGUGUUACGUUAGAAGACGCUCAUGCUGACGAUGACUCAGUAGUCAAAACCGAUACGCUGUCAUAAAUGCACCCAACGCGAUCAAAAGAUUUCUGAAUAAGAAAGAUUUGUGGAAUAUCUGAGGUAUAUAACAACACCGUGUUACCUUCCAUUGCACGACAUUCCAGUUUUAUCAAAUAUUCUAAUUUGUACGCGUUGCACUAGUCGUAAUGUGAUACCUUGGUGUUCAAGAUACUUCCAAUAUAGUUUCCUAUGUUGCCUCCAGCGCGUUGACAUCAGUGUCGACACUGCGAGACUUUAAGUCUAUUACAGACCACAGAUAAGGAUCCGCAAUGAAUCUCGCACUCUCCUGCUGAGUCUACAUUCUAAAUUACGUCACAAAACGGAAUUGCGGUACCUCUCCAAAACAAACAAGGCGCUUCUCGGUAUACAUAACUGAAUAAGAUCCUCAGAACCAUAAAGAAAUAGCAGACAAACCGUUACCCACAACCUAAUGGCUGUUUUUGUAAGGAACGUUCUAUCGUUGUAAGUGCGCUAGUAUGACAAAAAAUACAGGGAUAGUUUCUGAACAUUUUUCGAAGGCGCUGAAAAGUGCUGACGGUCUGCGACUGUAUAUGCCGAUCUAAGGCGUGUCCGGAUGGCUCAUUCGGUAACAGCAGUGUCCGCGGGAGUCGUGAACCAGCUUGCGGUCUCUAACUAGUAAAAAUCUAUCGACACAUUUCUCAAUAGAUCUGGCUCCACAAUCACAGAUAUUCCUUCUCCAUCUUGACAGAAUGCACACCAAUGAUAGUACCCCAUAGUCCAGUGUCUUUCUCUCCUGGAGCUUUGAACUCCGGUCGUAUAAUAAUGCUAGACCGCAUCUCAAUGAGACGUUCUUGGGGCUGUUAGACUUCUGCUCAUCACACCACCGUCCCAUCCUCAUAGCCCCCAGUCAACUGCUGCUCGUUCUGCUAUUCCUGCAUUCCAGUUUUAGACUAUUGUUGAUUAUUACUAUCGGCAAUUCUGUAGUUCGCAUAACAUCUACCACCCACGCACUUCCAGAACCGCUUCCGUUCGAACAGUCACUUGCUUGCUAUUACCAUCAACAGCAUUUGAUUAUUCCUUGUUAUUUAUUCCGACUAUAUACCUUAUACAUUAGAUCUGUUGUAAUCAUUUCGUAUCUCAUUCUCUUUAUAUUACUCAUCACCUCAUUGUUGUGUCUUCCACUGACAGAAACGUUCUUUGCUUCUAAUUCGACGUUUUUUCCAUCAGAACGUCCUCUCAGCAUGGUGCAUUAUGAAAUCACUGGAAAACACCGAUAGUUUACGUUGUACCCCAUUUUAUCAACAGCUCAACAUAUCGAAAUACUAAUCUCCAGUGCCACUCCUAUAUUUUCCUGCGCGUUAUGCUCACAGACCGGAGUUUUCAGAGGAGCAAACUUUCUGAAAUAAUGCAUAUGAAAAUUAAUUCCCUCACCUCGAGAGGAAGCAGUGAUGGAGUUGCAUCGAAUGAAAUUUUAAUUUAAUAUUCCAUUAACCAUACUUAAAGUCCGAACUCGAUCGGCACAUUUUUAGAGGAUGAUCGGAGAUGUUUAUAGAAGGUUUUUUUAUGUCAGGAACUCUUGGUCUCCCGCGGCACUUUACGGAAAAAUUCCUUAGGUUUGUCGAAUUAAUAUUGUCUUUGUAGGGGAAACGUUUCCAUCAGCCCCUGUUAUCUACUGUUCACAAUCCAGUUACGUCUUUUUCUCCCAUCGCCCUCAGGCUUCAUUUAAGUUAGUUAUUAGAGUUUCUUUUCAGUAGCUGCACGUAAGCUAUUGAUAGAUUUGUGAUCAUGUUAAUACAGUUCCUGAUGACUUGUGGCUGAUGAAGUCGACAAUUUAAACAACUGUUGCUUCUUAUUGCUACGUGCUGUGAGUACAGUAACAAGACUAUUGCUUUACUCUUUGUACUGUAAGUGGUGGUUUCCUAUUUUUAUGAUAUGGGAUAGGUUUACAAGCCGAACGAAUUACACUGUAACUAUUCACUUUAGAAUAAGUAUACUUUACGCUCACCCAGAUAUGGUGACCAACCUGUAGCAGCUCGUCGGAGCUUCUAAUCUUUAACCUAGCCGCGCGGGAUUAGCCGAGCGAUCUGGGUCGCUGCAGUCAUGGACUGUGCGGCUAGUCCCGGCGGAGGUUCGAGUCCUCCCUUGGGCAUGGGUGUGUGUGUUUGUCCUUAGGAUAAUUUAGGUUAAUUAGUGUGUAAGCUUAGGGACUGAUGACCUUAGCAGUUAAGUCCCAUAAAAUUUCACACACAUUUCUUUAACCUACUUAGUGACCGAUUGAACUGGUUCACUUGUGUGUCAGCUUCCGUUGAAAUCAUCGUGGCUGGAACUAAUUCAUAACGUCUACAUUUCAAAUACCUUGUCUUCCUACCACCGUGGCUUAGAUCUAUACGUGAAUUUGCCAGAAGGUAGUUUCCAACGUAUCGAAGAAGGUGUCAACUUCGUAGAAAAAUCGAAGGUAUUAAGGAAUUGUUAUUUCCCAGCACAGAGCUGUCCUAUGUAACAGAUAAUAGCCAGAUAUGACGUCAUAAUCAGCCAGUUGUUUCACUUAUUAGCCGAUGUGGCAUCCACUAACAGAAGAUAGAUUUCACUGCAAGAUAAAUGAAAAUGUGGUCAGAAGAUUUAGGAAUAACCCACCACUGCACCUUUGGCUAGUGUAGAAACAAAUACAGAAAAAUUCAAAACCUAAUGCGCUCCCUUCAGACUAUCGAAAAUUUCCUAAUUCAUCUUUAGUAUCCUUUCUGGACUUGUUUGUUUAUUACCGCCAAUUAAAGCUGUGCUUCAAUCACAAUAAUGCUCGCUUCUCCAAAUAAAAUCAGGUUAACAGUAUAACAAUCGACUGUGAACAAUUCUUAACAAUCGAACUAGUAGUAAGAACACACUGAAUUCUCUACCAUUAAAUUCGCGUUAAGAUCAAGCCCAAAGCCACGGUGGUACCAGAUAAAUUUCUGGUAUUUGGAAUGUGGACUUUAUGAAUUAGUUUCAGUCUUGACGAUUUCAACGGCAACUGAGACACAAUUCAGCCAAUUCAAUCGAUCACUACGCAAGUUAAAGACUAGAAGACGAACGAAUUGCCAGAGAUUGAUCACGGUAUCUGGCUGAGCGUAAGGAAUACUUAUUCCAAAGUGAUUAGUUACAGCGAAAUUCGUUCGGCUUGUUAUCCGAAAUUAGAUCAAUUUCCUCGGUGCAACGCGAUUAGGAUAACUGUGCACCAUUUCAGAUACUGUGUCGUGUUUUACAGACACGUUACCAUUCACUCUUGGUAUCUGCUUCGUCGUUCACUGAUUUGAACUACGAGUUUGAGAAUUACACAAAUACGAAACAAUCACAUACGACACAAUGGGUAAAGCAACCGCCUUUUUGCUGUAUUACACAGCAUAUAGCAUUAAGGAGCAACGGUUGUUCGAAAUAUCGACUACAGUAGCCACAACAGGUAUCAUGAACUGUAUUAACAUGAUCACGGACCUAUCACUGCUUACUUACAGUUACUGGGAAUAAAUCCUAAUAAACAAAUUUAAUUAAAAUCUGAAAGCGAAGAGAGAAAAGGACGCAACUGCGUUGUCAACAGUAAAUACCAUGAGCCGAUGGAAACGUUUUCCAUACUAACACAACAUUAAUUCCAACUUGCUCGCAUCUGCAGUAGCGUGUUGGUGUUCUCAGCGUACCUUAUUUGCAAAGAUGAGUGAGUUCACAGAACUGAGGAAUUACUCCGUAAAGAGUCACGGGAGACCAAGAGUCCCUCACAUAAAAACCCUUCUCUAAACAUUCCCCACCAUCCUCUGAAAGUGUGCCGAUGGUAUUCGAACUCACCUUGAACAGCUAUGAAGGGUUCCCGAUUGAACACUUAUUGAGCAAGCGCUAAUUUUCCUCUAAUGUUGAUCUGUGCGAUGCACUUUUGCCAAAAUGUGUUAUGUGCACUGUACCCAUUAAAAGUCUGUACUAAAUAACUUUCAACGAGAACUAGUAGUUGUAAGUGUAAAAAAUAAAAAAAACAUCAUUGAGCUAUACCGACGGAAGUGACUGAUGGUGGUACAUAAUUUAUGUUCCUACUGAGCAGUAACUCCGAAAAUCGUUAUACAGUACAUGCUGAUAACAGAAUCCCAUAGCCAGUUCACAUUUCCAAUGUAUCACUUCUAACAAUUUGUACUUCUUAACGCCAGUAACAGUAGGAUAUAGCUGCAGAAGCUAGGUCAGAUAUUAAAAACAUCGAGCAUAAAUAAGGACUGCUUGCAGAAAGCGCUCAUAGUAUUACAAUUUGAGGCACGCGUCCCCAUUUCCUUACGUCGCUCUUAUCUCGCUGCUCACUGCUGCUCUAUUUAUUAUGCUUUGGUGAGAACCCAGUCCGUUACAGCUCUCGUAUUAGUCACUGACCCGUAGUUCGCCACGAAGAUAUAAUUAUACCGGCAGCUAUUUUAAAGUCUUAUCACCAAACGCUUUUAGCAAGCUGCUCUAUAAAUAUAGCAGCACGGCCGACAUUUUCCUAACUAGAUCGUUUAAUUCGCUCCAAUAAAAUCCGUAUCAUGUUUUGAAGAAACAAUCUUCUCACUGUACUUUUUAUAUUUUUACUUUGCUACAUUGUUACACCAUGCUCAUGGCUUGUAGAUUUUUAAAAUUGUGUAACAAAUUCAUCAUUAUAAUGAAAUUUUUAUAACAUUUUCAAAGUAAAUAAAACUUCUUCAUACAUAUUGGA